AUGUCGGCGCCUACUACCAGUGGCUCCUCUCCCUCGCCUUCCGCCGACCUCCUCGCUCGGCUCCGCGCAGACUAUAAGGCAGCGGACCAAUCCCACGUCUUCACCUUCUACGACACCCUAUCUCCCUCGGACCAAUCCUCCCUCCUUGCGCAGCUCGACUCUAUCGACGUGCACCGCGUCAAUCGGAUCUACAAGAACGCCGUCGCCGCGGACAGCCCCCACACCCCCGUCAUCCAGCACAAGGAGCUCGAGGACGUCCAGGCCCACAAGUCCGGCGCCACGCUCACCGUCGCCGAGACCUUAGGCAACCUUAUUGGUCGGUCUCGUACCCCUUCCCCUCCUCCUACCGCCGAAUGGUCUCCUCUCCGGGAUGAAGACUGCGCCACGGUUAUCAACAACCAGGCGGAAGAGGCGGAAUGGCGCGAGAUUGGCCUGAAGGCUAUCGCGGAUAAUUCGGUUGCGGUGCUCUUGCUCGCUGGCGGGCAGGGGACCAGACUGGGAUCGUCUCUCCCGAAAGGGAUGUAUGAUAUUGGUCUGCCCUCCAAAUCCUCCUUAUUUGCGCUUCAGGCGGGGCGGAUUGCCAAGCUCGCGAGGAUGGCGGAGAGCAAGUAUGGAAAGAAGGACGGGAGCGUCAGUAUCAGGUGGUAUGUCAUGACGAGUGGGCCGACGCGGCCGGAGACGGAACGGUUCUUCAAGGAGCAGGGAUACUUUGGCCUGAACGAGAAGGACGUGAUCUUCUUCGAGCAGGGCGUCCUUCCCGCUCUGUCGAACGAGGGAAAACUCCUUCUCGCCUCUCCCUCAUCCCUCUCGGUCGCUCCUGACGGGAAUGGCGGUCUGUACGCCUCGCUCCGGCGCCCCAUGCGCUCCUCGGACCCCUCAUCCCCCUCCAUCCUCGCCGACAUGCGCUCAAAUGGCAUCCAACACAUCCACGUCUACGGCGUCGACAACUGCCUCGUCCGCGUCGCCGACCCCGUCUUCAUCGGCGUCUGCAUCUCCCGGAAAUCAGAAUGUGGUGCCAAAGUCGUGCGCAAGACCAUCCCCACCGAAUCCGUCGGCGUCGUCGCUCGCCGUGGCCAAACAUUCGGCGUCGUUGAGUACUCGGAGCUCUCGCGCGAAAAGUCGGAAAUGCGGCAUUCGAGCGGCCAGCUCGCUUUCCGCGCGGCCAACAUUGUCAAUCACUACUUUACGAUGGACUUUUUGGAUCGGGUCGAGGCGAUGGAGCGCAAGAUGGCGUUCCAUAUCGCCCGCAAAAAGAUCCCUACGGUGUCGCUGGAGGAUGGCUCGCCUGUCAAGCCGUCAGAACCGAACGGGAUGAAGCUGGAGCUGUUCGUCUUUGACGUAUUCCCGUAUACGGACAGUCUGACGGUGUUGGAGGUGGAGAGGCAGGAGGAGUUCUCGCCCCUCAAGAAUGCGCCCGGAAGCGCGACGGACGGGCCAGAGACGAGUCGGAGGGAUCUGCUGGCGCAGCAGAAGAGGUGGUUGGAGGCGCAGGGGGCCAAGUUGGCAGAUGGGGCGGAGGUGGAGGUGUUGCCGCAGGUCACGUAUGGCGGGGAGGGGCUGGAGUGGGCGAGCGGGAAGCAUUUCGAGAAGAGCGAAGUCAUCAGGGAGGCGGGGAAGGUGGAGGGUCUGUCUGCUUAA